CUGCUCGUCCCUCCCUCAUAUCGUCUGAGGCCUGGCUUCAAGGAUGGACUGUGCUCUGCUGCUGCUGUCCCUGUGGGCACUGACUGGAACUGUGUCCCUGCAGGACUCAGGGUCUUGUCCGGAGAGACUUCUGGGAGAGGAGAGGAGGAGGACGUGUCCUCGGCCCUGCAAAGCUGACAGAGACUGUGGCAACAAACGCCAGUGUCUGUGUGACGGCCAGUGUGGUCUCAGCUGUGUGGCUCCAGGUCGAACUUGUCCGUGGCCUCUACCCCCCAGUGAAAACUCCGUGGCUAGUCUCCUCUCUCCCACUCAUUCCUUUUCUGCCCUGCUUGAAGUGCGCUGCAAGCCGGGAUUCAAGUUGCCCAGUGGCUUGGAUGCCACUAUUCGCCGUUGUCAAGGUGACCGACAGUGGAGUGGGGAUGAGCCCAUCUGCACAGAGGUUCAGUCACCCGAACCUGCCGUUGCCGAAACCUGCCCUCUGCCCGAAGAAGUCUUGGACACCUUCAGCAUCCAGGGCGACGCUACAGUAGGAACUUCCAUCCGCUACAGCUGCCUGUCUGGGGUAGAUAUAGUGGGGAGCAGUGUAAAUUUCUGCCAGGAUAAUCAGACCUGGCAGUAUCCUCACCCCCUCUGUAAAGAAGUGUACUGCCAGCCUCCUCGAGAGGUGGAGCAGGGCUAUGUGGUGGCUGUUCAGAAGACUGAAUAUAAUGUUGGCUAUGACAUCCACUACCUCUGUAAAAAGAACUUCCUGCUGGAUGGACCUCAGAAGGUCACCUGCCUGUCAAACGGCAGCUGGAGUGCAUCGCCCCCAUACUGCAGAGCUCGCUGUGUCAUCCCUGCUGAGCGAAGCCGUGUGGUGAUUGACGGAGUGAAGCGCUGGCCAUUUGACGUUACAGAUGCCGUGGUUCCUCACGGGGAAAAUGUGACGUUCUACUGCAAACAUCCUCGCAAGCAGUGCACCUUCACUGCAACCCAGGCCUGCUUUGACGGACAGCUGCAGCCACCAGCCUGCUACCUUGAGCCCACAUGGUUGCAGUAUAAACUCUUCCCUCACCGGCUGGUCUCAGAGAUUGAAGCAUGUGAGUCCGGUGAUGUGGAGUGACGACUUGCACAUCCGACCUUCGACCCAUCCAGCACUCAUUGAACUGUGUCAUACCUCCUGACACACACCGACACCCACCACCCAGAGUAGUCCCUCCCCGCUCUGCAGCUUUGCUUCAACUAUCUAUGCUAUGAUUAUGGUCUGUUAGAAUCUGAAAUAUUUUUGGAUCCGCAGGCUAAGCUGUCUAUCCUGCGCCCAUGGCCUUUGUCACUCUCUCCUGCUUCCUAUCAGUUUGCAGUCGCUAUUACCUUCAUCCUCAUCCAGCUGGAGCCAAUGCAUACUGUAGAUGCAAUCCAUAGGCCUUCAUGAUGAUGUAGAUAUAAUGCAUUAAUACAUGCUAUAUCAGUUAUGCUUGUGAUGAUUCCUCCAUGUAGCCUUACUCAUAAUGGCUUGACUCUGUGAUAUCAUAUCUCACUGUGUGAUCUUUCCUUCCUCUGUUGAGCGUGACGCAUCAAGUCUUGAGGCUUGUAAGUGUAAAUUUGGAAUAAAGUAAUGU